AUGGAGGCUUUGACUUUGUUAUCGGAUUCAAAUUUUUGCAGGCUUUGUGCUGAAAUUAACGAGCAUGGCAUAGACUUAUUUACACCAGAUGAAAAUAGUUCAAAUUUACAACAAUUAAUAAAUAAAUAUUUACCUAUAGAAGUUGAAAUGGACACUAAAUUUCCAAAAUAUAUUUGUCCAGGAUGUCACAUUCAGUUGGAAUCUACAAAAUUGUUUUUAGACUUAAUAGUGGAAGGUCAAGCAAAAUUAAGGGAAAUGUACAAGAAACAGCAAGAAAUAUUACAAAAACAAACACUUGAUAUUUUCUGUAAGGGAAUAUUACAUAGCAUAUUACAUAGUAUAUUAUAACGUUUUAAAUUUUUUUUCUAAAUUGGAAGUCAAAAUAUUACUGAUCAUUCCAUUCUGUCUUUUAGCUUCGAUCAGUUAUCCUCUUUAUGCAGUAGAUAAUGCCCUAAGGUUACAGGCUGAAGGGCUGGAAAGGCCGAAAAGAAAACGAGGUAGACCAGCUAAAAAAACUGUUCCUGAGGAAGGACUAAACAAUCAGGAAACAGAGACUAAACAUGAAGAAAAAGAAGAGGAGGUUGAGGAAGUUGGAGCAGAUGGAAGGCGAAAAAGGAGAAUUAGAGCACCUGCUAGAUAUCAAGGAGUUGUACAGGGCAAAGAAUUAGAUGAUAUACUUAAAAAAGAAGGUGUAAUUGAUGAAGGAAAUACUUCGAUGGAAACAAUAUUAAAAGUAGAACAACCAAAAUUUAAUAUAAGUGAAUUAAUUAUUGGCAGAACAGAAGGAGAAUGUGGAGAAGAUUUAGACACACCGGUUUUUCUUAAUAAACCAAGAUCUAAAAGAAAAGCAAUUACUCAUAAAAACAUUGAAAUGGUCAUUUAUAAGUGCGAUAUUUGUUCAAAAGAGUACAUAAAUAAAAUGCAUUUUGACCUUCAUGUACAAUCCCAUGAAAAUGAGGAUCUGAACACAGUGCAACUGGAGACUAGUCUAGAAGAUCCAUGCAAUACUACAGAAGAGUCAAUAGAACAGGUUACUUUGGAGUUUGACACAAUUGAAAGUCCCGGAAACAAAAUUGAUGAAUUUUCAUUGGACAAUAACAAUCUUCACGACUCAGAUGAAAAUAAAAACGUUUGUAAUAAAUGCAAUGUAUCAUUUCCUUCACAAGAACUACUAGAACUACAUUUAACUGACUGUAGUAAAACAAAAGAUUAUACUUGCAAUAUUUGUGGUAAAGUUUUACACCAUCCCAGCAGCUUGUUAUAUCACAAAGAGGCCGAACACAACAAUAAGAGGUUCGUUUGUAUUAUAUGUAAUAAACAGUUUAGACAUCGGAUGCUGUUGCAGAAACACCAGAUGGUUCACAGCGACAAGAGGCCGUACAUUUGUCAAAUCUGCAACGCCGCUUUUAAAUCAAUAAGUUAUCUAGUGAAUCACCAAAAGAUUCACUCGGGCGAAAAGAAGUACGAAUGUACGGAAUGCGGCCAUAAGUUCGCCCACAAAACCUCAUUGGCUGUGCACCAGCGAGGACACGACGGUAUCAAACCUUACGAAUGCGAAUUUUGCCAUAAAACUUUCUCACAAAGCGGGAAUUUGAUAGAGCACAAAAGGAUACAUACGGGGGAAAAGCCCUAUUGUUGCGACGUAUGCGGAAAAAAUUUUACUACAUCGUCGCAGAUGAGGAUGCAUAUGAAAAUCCAUACAGGAGAAAAGCCUUGGAAAUGUGCAACGUGUGGAAAGCGUUUCCUUCAUAAAGACUCAUACACAUUUCACGUACGUCGUCAUCACGACGAAGAACCGCAUAAGUGUGAAGUGUGUAGUCAAACCUUUAUUACACGCUGGGCUGUUAAAAAGCAUAUGCGUUGUCAUACCGGCGAGAAGCCUUAUAAAUGUGAAUUUUGCGAUAAAACGUUUGCAGAUAGAUCGAAUAAAGAUAGACAUAUGAAAAUUCACAAUAAACAACAACAAGGGCUUGUGAAUACUCUGCAGUUGUCUCAGUUGCUCGAUGAACAGGGAAAUCCGUUGAAGAUCACUCAGGACGGACAAACUGUAUCUAUUGUUACGUCCGGAGAGGAUGAUAGCAACUUGCAUGGGAUGCUACCUGAUGGCAGAUUGAUACCGAUAGAAAUUACGUCGGCUCCUGAAAAAGACUUUGACCUGGAAAUGAACCAAAAUCCUGAAAUGGGUCUUUUGGAACCGAAUUCUUCGGAUGCAAUGAUUCUACAAGACGUCUUAGACAACAAAGAUAUCGUCCCAAGUUUACAGGUAUUGACAGAUUCCCAAGGACAACAAGUAUGCUUGAUAACAUAUUCAAUUAAAGAAGGGCGUGAGUAG